AGUUCCGUGUUUGAAUUUCGCAGCUGCUUUCGUAUAUAAUUAGGUACUCGGGACUCUCGGAAACCUUUUGGGGACGUAAAUAAAGAAUCCCAUCUAUGAUUUCAGUAUUUUAAGUAAAUUCUACAAUUCGUAUAGUUUUCAAUCGCCAGAAAAAAUUUUCUGAAAUUUAAUCAUGGAGAAAGAUGUUUCAGAAACGAGAGCAUCCACCUCUCAGUCCCAUGUACAAGAUGCCAGGAAUGAAAGAACUCCACUACUCCAGGGGGAAAGAUCUGGAGGUGAUGGAGAUAGAGGAAAUAUACCUCCAAUCAGAAUAAGAAGACCUUCAUCAGCACUAGAAGUUCCAAAUCAGCCUGGAGAUAGAGGUUUACGAAAGAUUUCUUCUUAUGGAACCCAGCUCCCUGGUUCAUGGGCAAACUACUACAGCCCCUCUCCCUAUACUGAAGAAAACAAACCUAAUAGACGUCCAUUCCACAUUCCCCAAGUACCUUCAAACAGUAACUUUUAUCUUGGAGGCAGCAGCGCUGAGGCAAAUUAUGCAGGGUAUAGCAGUGCUGAGGAGCAAAUUUCACCUGAAGCUGCUGGAGGUGCAGCAGCAAGAAGCAGAGGUAGCAACCCUCCCUCAAGGCGCACUUCCACCGUGACAGACCCGCACUCGCAGCUCUAUACUCGAUACCGCUACUACUCCAGGCUCAGAGCACCUGCUGAACCUGAGGAUCAUGCCCUGCUGAUGCCUGAUCACGUGGUGCCUAUUGACUUCCUUCUGCCCUUCAUCCCUGGCAGCAAGGCUGUCGGACCUGAUGGCAAGCAAGCUUCAUAUAUCACCAUCAUCAGCAUCUGGAACACAAUGAUGGGAACGUCCCUGCUGACAAUGCCAUGGGCGUUUGGCAAGGCUGGCUUCGCAGGCGGCCUGGUUAUCAUGGUCACCAUGGGCCUAGUGUGUCUUUUCACCGCCUACAGGAUCCUAACCGUGCAGCGGGUGGCAGGUGUGAGCGGCCCGCUGCGGGAAGCUUCUACUCUGUGUCGGGAGGUGUUGGGGGGCGUCUGGGGGCGCCUCAUGGAGGGGGGAGCUAUCAUCUUCUCCAUCAUCACCCUGCUGGGUGCCCUGGUCGUCUAUUGGGUCCUCAUGUCCAACUUUCUCUUCAACACCGGAGUCUUCUUACACGACACCAUCUACGAUGACGCGUCGUCGGACCGCAACACGAGCGACGUGUUGUGCCCCGUGAACGAGAGCGUGACGGUGGUUAACUCGUCCCUGGUGCUCACCUCGUCUCUCGAUGGCGAUGACGAUACCAGCCUUUUUCAGUUGUUGUGGGACCGACGCCUCACCGUGCCCUUCUACCUGCUCUUCCUCUUCGUGCCGCUCCUCUGCAUCAAGAACACGCAUAUCUUUAGCUACUUCAACUCGCUCGGCGCCGUGUCGGUGUUCUUCAUCUAUUUCUUCGUGAUCGCCAAGACCAUCACCUGGGGCAUCAACGUGGACCUUGUGGACUCAAAUAACCCUUUCUUCGUGCCCAUGAUCCGCGUGAGUGGGGCUAGGUCCAAUUAUACAGUUCAAUGGUUGCAAGAGAUCACGUAUGNUAGCCUCCUUAUUCCUAAAUACUGCCUUGCUGACAAUUUCUUGGACAACUUCCCUCCUCACGCGACGGCCCUCGCAGUCGUCAGGAUCUUCCUCCUCUUCCAGAUGGUGACCGUGUUCCCGCUGCUGUGCGUGUUCCUAAGAACGCAGCUGCUGUGCUACGUCCGCGGCCCCUCGGCCCCCCCGCCCUCCUUCGUCGCCUCGUCCGCCGUCAACGCAGCCCUCCUCGCCACCUGCGUCCUCGUCGCCGUCCUCUACACUGAGCUGAAGGGGCGACGGAAUAAUAUGGGUAAGCGCGUGCUUAGGGCUGGUCUACGUGCUGGUAACGGUCUUUUUAAUAGUCUGUUAACGUGCAGGUGGGUGGGCGCGUUCUCAGGGCUGGUCUACGUGUUCCUGCUGCCGUGCGGUCUGCACCUGCAGGCGCUGUUCCUGAAAGGAGAGCUCACGGCGCCCGCCGUCCUGCUGCACGGCUUCGUCAUCUGCCUCGGUGUCGCCAACUUCGUCGCGCAGUUUUUCCUCUGAACGCGCGUCCUGUUAUGGCCCUAGUGAUUCUGUAUACUGAAAUUCGCGUAUUUUAUUGCAUGUGUUCUCUCGUAAAUUCGUGCUAUUGCUUGUGCUUUCUGGUAAUCUGGGAAAAAUGGGAAAAAUUUUGUGAAGUAAUUUCCUUGCUUAUGUCUAAGCAGAAUAGGAUGAGCUUGCACAUUCCAUGGCUCAAGUUUUAGAUCACCGUGUCUUACUAAAGUGAAUAUAGGAAUUCGCGUUUUUAUAGUUUUUAGCGCAUAUUUCUUAGAAACGGACUGGACAAAUUUUAGAGCCCAUGUCCCACAAUAUAGCUACGAUCUCUUGCAUUCUAAGUUGAACUUCGCUAGAAAAUAUGCUACAAUCAAACUGUAUGUAAUGGAAUAAGCUAGAUUCAAUUAACAAAUAAGUUGAGACAUGUACUACAUCUUGAUGCUGAAUCCUUUUGUGUGGAGCGCCCAAAACUAAAUAAUCACAAGGUUCAUUGUAACGCAAUUUAAUCUAUGGUCUAAUGGAAUCUAUGUAACGCAAUGGAAUCUAUGGUCUAAUGGAAUCUAUGUAACGCAAUGGAAUGUAUGUAAUGCAAUGGAAUCUAGGUAACGCAAUGGAAUCUAUGUAACGCAAUGGAAUCUAUACGCCCAUGUCAGAGACGAUAUUUAAUGACAUCAGACGGGGAUAAUUCGCUGACAGUUAAUUAAAUAGAGUCAAUACUGACGAUAUUCUAGUUUACGAAUUAAUUGUUUCCAUGACUAUGGGGUUUCUUGACAUAAAUUACAGUCAAUACUCUUGUUAAUGAAGUACCUCUGUGAAUCAAUGGUAGCUCAAACUAGAUGCGAUAAUUUUAAUACGGCGGCAAAUUGCCCUCUUGUCAGAUGGAAGUGGAAACAUGAGAUCUAAUUUAGCUGGAAAUAGCAAUGUUUUUAAACUACGUUGAAAGUUAAAUACGCUUAUUGAGGCUGGUUAAAUUGGGUGACAUGAGGCCACUCGGGAACGUCUACUGUAAGACAACUAAAGCGAUCAGGUGAUGAUAGUGAUGCGUUGUAACAUUGUCCCCUGUAGAUAUUCUAUGGGAUUCUUUUUUUUCCAGCGCAAUUCUUUUUUUUCUCGCUGAUUUUAAUCUCAUUUGUGUUUAUUUUAACGCCAUGAUAUUAGUCUCUAUUUACUCUAUUCCUCUUUCUUUUUACUUGUUCACUUCAGUGCUUGGUUUCUAUUUUUAGAGUUUAAUUUUGGUCUCUGUUAUACCUAUGCUUAGCGGCAUUUGUUCAGGUGCCAUUCAUUCUCAUAUUCAUGUUGCUGAAUGCCUCAUGAGCAUAUGUUUAAUUUACAAUACUCUACGUGACUGCUAAUGUACUCUCAUGAAAGCUCGCUGUAUUGCAUUUCAUAAGAAUUCUUUCCAGUCUAGUGCAUUUCAAGGUCACCAAUAUACAUAUGUUUUUUGUUCGAUGCUAUGCCAAGAUUAUCUUGAUAUUAAUGCAGUUUGUAUUAGUUUGUAUUAAUAUUAUCUUGACCCUUAGCUUCUUCUUAGCUAUGUCGAGCUGAAGCUUGUGUAACCUUCACUUGCUCCCAACUCGUCAGGCUUUCAGGAAGCUUUUGCCUUGAUGUCCGUCACAGAAAAUCCAAUGCCUGAUGUGCACUAAAUUGAUGCCUGUGGCCCCUGUCACGCCAGGUUAUUUUCUUUGUAAACCUAUCAUAGCUGCAGGGCAGUCUAUUUCAACCAUCACUGUAGUGACUG